CUCCCGCCGGGCUCGCGGCAGCGGGGCCUCCCUUCUCCCCCCGCAGAGCCCUCCGCGAUCCCGCCCCGCUCAGGCGCGCUGCCGCGGCCGGGAGGAGGGGCGGCCUUCCCCGCCCGCCGGGUGGGCGGGAUCUCAGACCCCCAGCGCCGGCCUUCGGCCACCACGCCCCUCCCCGGAAGAGGCCCGACUACCCCGAGGGCGGGUCCGGGGGCUCCCUUGGCCGGGCCGAUCCCGGGGACCCCCGAGACUGGCUCCAAGAGUGACGUGGGGAAGGAGACCUUAGCCCGCCGCCGCCUCCGAGCAGGCCGCCAGGUGAGCGCCGGGACAGGACGCCGGCUGCUGGAGAUGGGCGCCCGGUCCUCGCGGCGGCGGCUGCCGGCAGACCCGCCCAUGGCCCUGGACACGCUGCCCCCGGAGCUGCUCGUGCAGGUGCUGAGCCACGUGCCACCGCGCGGGCUAGUAACGCAGUGCCGUCUAGUGUGCAGCGCCUGGCGCGACGUGGUAGACGGGCCCACCGUGUGGCUGCUGCAGCUGGCCCGCGACCGCAGCGCGGAGGGCCGCGCACUCUACGCCCUAGCUCUGCGCUGCCUGCCCAACAGCGAGGAAGACGAGGAGUUCCCGUUCUGUGCCCUGGCGCGUUACUGCCUGCGUGCGCCCUUGGGCCGCAAUCUCAUCUUCAACUCCUGCGGAGAGCAGGGCUUCAAAGGCUGGGAGGUGGAGCACGGAGGGAACGGCUGGGCGGUGGAAAAAAACCUAACACUGGUGCCCGGGGCUCCUUCCCAAACCUGCUUCGUGACUUCUUUCGAAUGGUGCUUCAAGAGACAGCUUGUGGACCUGGUAAUGGAGGGGGUAUGGCAGGAACUGCUUGACAGCGCUCAGAUUGAGAUCUGUGUGGCAGACUGGUGGGGAGCCCGAGAAAACUGCGGCUGUGUCUACCGACUCCGGGUCCGCCUCCUGGACGUGUAUGAAAAUGAAGUGGUCAAGUUCUCAGCAUCACCGAACCCAGUCCUUCAGUGGACUGAGAGGGGCUGCCGACAGGUCUCCCACGUCUUCACCAACUUUGGCAAGGGCAUCCGCUACGUAUCUUUUGAGCAGUACGGGAGAGACACACGUUCUUGGGUGGGGCACUAUGGUGCCCUUGUGACCCACUCCAGUGUGAAGGUCAGGAUCCGUCUGUCCUAACAACUGCCAGAUUGGGCCUUCCAGGACACACCGCCAUCUGCUGGACAUUGUCAUUCAAGAGUGGCUUUGCAGCCAGGAAUUAAGAGGAUGCCCAGGUACAGUGGCCAUCCCACAUGGUCUGUUCCCAGCACACCUCCCAUGAACCCCACUUUCUGCUGUUUACGAGGUGGUGCUCGUGCUGUGUGACAAACCAGGAAUCCAACCAGGCUGCUCACAGUCCCCAGGUCCCCAGAUGGGGGGUGGUGUUGGAAAAUGAGAGACUUGUAGUUAGUUUGUAGCCUACAAGUUGUUUCCGCCAAUCUGGAUGGUAGAAAGAAUGACCCAGAUUUACAGCAAAGCAGAAGGGACAGCUGCCAACAGGGAGCCACUGACUCUUGCUGGGUUAACCUGAUAGCUGGCAAGGAGCAGAAGUCAGCUGGAGCACUCUGUCCUUGAGAUCAACAAGGGCUUAAAAGGAAACCUUUUCUGUUGUUUUGGGGAAUCUGGGAUUUUCCUGCUGGGGUAAGUGGCCAACCCUGUGCAAUAGCACCUGCCCUGCCCAUCAGCUCCUCCUCUUUGGACCAGGCUGGUGCAACUUCUGUCAGAAUUCCUCAGAGCCAGCUGGGCAUAGUGGCUCAUGCCUGUAAUCCCAGCACUUGGGAAGCCAAGGCCUGAUUGGAUUGCCUGAGCUCACAGGUUCGAGACCAGCCUGAGCAAGAGUGAGACCCCAUCUCUAAAAAUAGGGCAUUGUGGCAGGCCUGUAGUCCCAGCUACUUGGGAAGCUGAGGCAAGAGAAUCACUCGAGCCCAGGAGUUGGACUUUGCUGUGAGCUGUGAUGCCACAGCACUCUACCCAGGGUGACAGCUUGAGGCUCUAAAAAAAAAAGACUAAAUACAUAGAAUGUGGAACAUUAUAUGGAAAACAGACAGACGCACAGGAGGGACACAAGGCUGUUUUACCCUAGCCCUUACUAUAAAGUGAAAAAGUAUCAGAGGGUGACAAAGUAAGACUUCUUCUUAAAAAAUUAAAAAGAAUUUGGCAGCGCCUGUGGCUCAAAGGAGUAGGGCGCCAGCCUCAUAUGCUGGAGGUGGCAGGUUCAAACCUAGCCCUGGGCAAAAACUGCAAAAAAAAAAAAACGAACUAAAACUAAAAAAAUUAAAAAGAAUUCCUCAGAGCCUCCUACCUUCUGCCCCUGUUUUAGGGUCAGCUCACUUCCUGCAUUCACUGCCUUUUCUCCAGGACACUCUAGUGCAAGGUGUGCCAUGAAGGAAAGCUCUGCUGUCCCCCAUCAAACCGUACCAUCACCCCUUGCCCUCUUCUCCUUAGCUACCUCUCCACAUUGCUCCCAGUUUCCCAGCCGGGCAUAGCAAACAAACUAGUUCAAUAAAAUUGGUGCCAAAUGUGAGAUGGACAACUUUUCUUUUUUUUUUAGUUUUUAAAAUACAGUUUAAUAUAUGUUCAUAGCAAACUGGAAACCUUGGAAUCAUGGUUGCAUGUAGGAUAACACAAAUGCAUGGAUGCAAUCUGCCCUUUGAUAUAAUGCACAUUUAGUUGUCAUCAAUAAGAUAUUUGAUUUUUAAAAGUCCAAUGCUAGUAUUGUCCAGACAAAACGAACUCGUUUAUACCUAUUACGAAGUUGAACUGCUAAUUAGUUCCCUGAGACAUUUGGACUUGGCACUAAUGAUUUACAUACUGAGUUUAUAUUAAAAGUCCACAUUAAAAGAAAACAGGAAAAACUGUCAGAUUCUAACUUUUCUCUCUAAUUUCCCACGCCAAAUCAUAGGCUUUGGUACCUUUGGACCCAAUGGAAAACAAAACAAAUCAGCUAACAUUCAAAACUAAGGAUAACAGGUAGAGGAUUAAAAAAAAUGAGAACACGAUUAUCUGGACCAGCGCAGACUCCUAAGCGCGCUCUCCGCGAAUGCGGCGCGCCAGCUGCAUGUCUUUGGGCAUAAUGGUGACACGCUUGGCAUGGAUAGCACACAGGUUGGUGUCUUCAAAAAGACCCACCAGAUAGGCCUCGCUGGCCUCCUGCAAAGCACCCACUGCUGCGCUCUGGAAGCGCAGGUCUGGCAGGAGGGCCUGAGCCACCUCCGGCACCAGGCGCUGGAAGGGGCAGCUUGCGGAUGAGAAGCUCCGUGGACUUCUGGUAACGUCAGAUUUCCCGCAACGCCACGGUGCCCGGCCUGUACCGGUGGGGCUUCUUCAGCCCUGACAGAGGGGGCACCCGCUUGCCGGAGACUUUCGUGGCCAGCUGCUUUCUGGGCGCCUUGUCGCCAAUCUGCUUGCGGGCGGUCUGCUUGGUCUUCGCCAUGGCAGGGGCGCAGGCCUGGGCCCUUCUCCUUGGCCGAUCUGGGCGCGCUGCAGGCGGUGCUGGAGUCAGAGCGAGGGCGCCCUGGCAGUGCACAGUGUGUAGGUCCGAAGUCCCGCUGCUCCAAGUGAGUGACCUCCUCCUCUGCUCAGGGUGGCACCGGGGGAUGUUCAAGGGUGGGCGGCCCCUUGGAGGCUGCCUUGUCUAGGGAGGGAUCUGGCGAGCAGACUCAGGUCGGUGGCCCGAUGUGAUGCCUAAGGCUUGGAAGACCCUGACCUGUGCAUCCUUUCUGGCUGUUGGUCUGGGGAUGCUCUGAGUUCCUAGACUUCUCCGAGAUGGACAACUUUUCUUUUCAUCUGUCUCCAGCUUUGAUCCCAAAAGACCUUGUGGUUUCAUGUUCAUAGUCAUGAGAACUUCGGGCGGCUGCAUGCUUAGUGCUAUGCAGGAAAUGGCUUCCAGAACCAAAAUGGCCGUGAUACAUCAGUUCUCAGUGGGACUUCCAGCUCCUCUUAGGCAGGCACCUGUACCACUGAACUGAAGUUCAGGCUUGGAGUUCCAAUGACCUGCCCAUGAUCCCCAACAGUAAGAAGGAGAGGAUCCCCAAUAGUAAGAAUGGACCAGAGUUGGGCGGCGCCUGUGGCUCAGUGGGUAGGGCACCAGCCCCAUAUACCAAGGGUGGGGGGUUCAAACCUGGCCCCAGCCAAACUGCAACAAAAAAAUAACCAGGUGUUGUGGUGGACGCCUGUAGUCCCAGCUACUGGGAGGCUGAGGCAAGAGAAUUGCCUAAACCCAGGAGUUGGAGAUUGCUGUGAGCUGUGUGACACCACAACACUCUACCCAGGGCGAUAAAAAGAGACUACAAAAAAAAAAAAAGAAUGGGGUGGUGCCUGUGGUUCAAAGGAGUAGAGCGCCGGCCCCAUAUGCUGGAGAGGGCAGGUUCAAACCCAGCCCCCGCCAAAAACUGCAAAAAAAAAAAAAAAAGGAUCAGAGUUGGGCUCCAGAGUGUACUGAAAUAAGCUCAGUUCCCAGAUCUUAAAAUCUAAUGUGUUCGUGUGAGGAAUUAUUUUUUUUUUUUGUAGAGACAGAGUUUCACUUUAUGGCCCUCGGUAGAGUGCGGUGGCAUCACACAGCUCACAGCAACCUCCAACUCCUGGGCUUAGGCGAUUCCCUUGCCUCAGCCUCCCGAACCUGGGACUACAAGUGCCUGCCACAACGCCUGAUUAUCUUUUUGUUGCAGUUUGACUGGGGCCAGGUUUGAACCCGCCGCCUCAUGUGAGGUAUUAUUAUCAGUCAGUGCCAUUUUCCAAGGGAGGACACUGAGGCCCAGAGGGGAACUGACAUGGCCAGGUCACAGAGCAAUUAAGUAGAGCCAGGAUUUGAACCAAAGAGUAUUUGACUCUGGUGAUAAUAUAAGAACAACUCCCCCAUAUAGAGCAGCACACCACACUGAACUCUUUCAACACCCCUCCAUAUCAACAUUACAACUACUCCCAUUUUCCAGUAGACCAAGCUUGAGGGCGGGCUUAUGUCCCCCCCACCCCCACCCCACAGCCUGCAGGACAGGGAACUGGGCCUCAGUGCCACCUAACUGCAAAGCCUAAGAGCAGCCUUCCACGUGUGAUAUACACAUAUAUAACAUCUAAUUUAAUCUUCACCAAACUGAAUGAAGAUACUGCAAAUGGACCUACAGCAGAACCUCUGUAAGCAACCACAGGGGGCUGUAACUGGUCAACAUAGGGAACUAGGCCUACUGUACUCAUUUGUGUGUAUAUAUGUGGAACAUGUCUGGUCUAUGAAGAUGGUAGACCUAGCCCAGUGCGGUGGCUAACACCUGUAAUCCUAACACUCUAGGAAGCCGAAGCGGGUGAACUGCUUGAGCUCAGGAAUUCUAGACCAGCUUGAGCAGGAGAUCCCCUAGUUGGGCAUUGUGGCGGGCACCUAUAGUCCCAGCUACUUGGGAGGCUGAGGCAAGAGAAUUGCGUAAGCCCAGGAGUUGGAGGUUGCUGUGAGCUGUGACAGCACUCUACCCAGGGUGAUGGCUUGACGCUCGUCUCAAAAAAAAAAAAAAAAAAAGAGACCCCCAUCUCUACUAAAAAUAAAAAAAUUAGCCGGGCGUUGGGGAGGAGGCUGGAGGCGCCUAUAGUCCCUGCUACUCAGGAGGCUGAGCAAGAGGGUUACUCAAGCCCAAGAGUUUGAGGUUGCUGUGAGCGAUGAUACAUGGCACUCUACCCGGAGCAGAGUGAGAGUCUGUCCCUUCCAAAACAGAAAAAAGAAAAUUAGUUGACCUAAGGAAGUGGUCAAUACAGGAAAGUGGUCAACUAUGGAGGUUCUACUGUAUUUUCUGGAGGAAGAACUGAGGACCUAAGGGGACAUCAAUUGCCAUAACCACACUGAGGACAAACAUUGCACAAGGGGAGUCAUGUCACAAUUGUGAGGAUCUGUGUAUUUAUUAUAAUCCCUUUGCACCAGAUGACAAUAUAGUGUCUUGUGCUAGCAGAGAAGGUCCCUCAUGCCAACACUCUUAACA